CCACGUUGUUACAACUACAAAUGGUUCCUUAUUUUUUCCAAACCAGAAACAUUCAGAGAAACAUUCAUGCUGUAAAUUUGUUUUCCAUGGCUGCUUCUUCCCUAAUCUUCAACAGUUCACUCUCCUUUAACUUCUCACACACGGUCAUAUCCUUCAAACCUCAAAACCUCAAGCCACAAUUUCCCUUUUCUUCUGCGAUCUCACUUUACCAUCUUCCCCUGUCUUUGGUUUCCUUCCAAGACGCUCAAAACCCACUACAGCAUGAAACCCUGCAAAAAUCAGAGCCAAAUGCCUCACGCUUAAACCAUUCAGCGAGACUCUUUGUGGGAAACUUGCCUUAUUCGUUGCCCUCUUCUCAGUUAGCUCAGCGGUUUGAAGAGGCUGGCAAUGUUGUAUCCUCUGAGAUUGUGUAUGAUGACAUUACGGAUAGAAGUAGAGGGUUUGCGUUUGUUACAAUGGGGAGCGUGGAGGAAGCUGAAUGUGCAACUCGAAUGUUUGAUGGCUCUGAAAUUGGAGGUAGGAUUAUUAAGGUAAACUUCACAGAAAUACCCAGAAAAGGAAAAUGGAGAGUAAUGGGUUCAAACUACAGAGGCUUUGUAGACAGCCCUCACAAGAUUUAUGCUGGAAACCUUGGUUGGGGUGUGACUUCACAGUGUCUUAGAGAUGCCUUUGUUGAGCAGCCAGGCUUCCUGAGUGCCAAAGUCAUCUAUGAAAGGAACAGUGGGAAGUCUCAGGGAUACGGGUUUGUCUCUUUUGAAACUGCUGAGGAUGUAGAGGCUGCUUUGAAUUCUAUGAAUGGAGUGGAAGUUCAAGGCAGGCCCUUACGUCUGAAUCUAGCUGCAGGAUGAGGGGACUUUAUCUCAUCUCAUAAUUCAUCAGAACACAAGUAAUGUUGGUAGCAUUGAAUUGGUGUUUAGGGUCAGCAUCUGAGCCUAUCUAGAGCAUCCUUACUGAUGCUAACAAAUAUACAGGACAUUCAAGGCAACCUUACAUUCAUAGAAAUCGCCAAGGUAACGUUAUAUUUAGAAGAAUUGUCACUCAAAAUUUGCAUAUAUGUUCACGUAUCCUUAUUGUUUAGUGAAACAGUUGAAGUUGUUCUUACUAGAUGAGUCUUGGAAGAAAAUCUUGGAAGGUCGCCCUUGAACAAGAACCGAUAGUGUUUAGCUCCAAUCAAAGAAUAUAUGACCAAUGACUUGCAUUUGCUUGGUUAGGCUUGUAGGAUGUUUCUUUGUUGAUUAUUAAAUGAAGAGUUAAAUAUGUUUUUGGUCCCUGAACUCUUAGUGAAUUUUGGAAUUAGUCAAUUUCGAAACUUUUGGACCAAUUUAGUCAUUCAUCUUUCAAAAUAGGUGGAUUUAGUCCUUUUAAUUAGAUUUUGUUAGGUUUAUUUGAUGUUUCGUAUGCAUUUCAGUAUUGUAUUUGAAUUGUAUAUAUUGUUUGACACAUUUUUACUUUAUUGUUAAGUCAAAUAUUAUUAUGAAACGUGCUUGAAAUAUCAAAUAAAUUCAAUAAAAUUUGAUUAAAAUGACUAAAUUGGUCCAAAGUUUCGAGAUGGACUAAUUUCAAAAUUCAUUGAAAGUGAAGAGACCAAAAAUAUAUUUAACCCUUCAAUGAAUCUUGGAAGCUUUCUUGGUUAGUUUUGGGUGCUUGGAUCUUAUAUAUUUACAUUAAUUAUGUUUUAUAUUUAUGCCAACGUGUCGGUAACUAUUAA